ACAGCUCCCAGCAGCCCCCGGGGUUGCCCUGGGCCUGGCCGAGCGGCUCCGGGCGGGGGAACAGAUGAAGCCUGUCACAACGGAUAUGACUGUUUGACUGUCAGGGUUGUGAUCAUGGAAAAGCAACCGUUAAACAGCAUCCUUGAUCAGUUUAUCAAUAGCCAUGAGCAGACGUAUGAAGAGUUUCUAGGCACGUUCACUUAUCUUUUGAAAGAUGAAGUAGAGAAGAAAUCCCAAGAAUCCGAAGUGGAUUCUUUAGAAAAAACAUUUUCCGUUCUUGAGUUACCAAACAGGAAUAAAGAGAGCGUCUUACCUGCAAGAAGCAAAGAAUCAUCAGUAUCUCUCUCAUCACAGCCUUUGGAGGAAGAUCAGGUAGUGAUGAGUGAAGGCUUGAAAGUUGGCUUCUCUAAGAAUUGUGAUCUCAGUUUGGCCAGAAGAGUGAAGGUGGAUAAUUACUUAGCUUUGGAAGAUUUUGACACUGAUGAAGAAUCUGGUCAAGAGAAAUGCAUUGGGUCAUUGGUGCUUCCAGGAGAAGUAGAACAGACGGUGGCAGGCUAUACACCUUACUUUGAUCACACCAUUCAUUUAAAGGUCAAGGUCUUACCAGUUACACAGCCAUCAAAUAAUAAAACACAAGAGUUCCAGCUACUUGGGGAUGAAGUUUAUCCAUUCUCCCUUGAUGAAGAUUUUGACUAUGACAAUGUGGCAUUGACUCCAAAGUUCUCUGAAGCUGAGAUGAAGUCCAUGAUAGAUCUGUCUGAACAGAAGAAAAGGAGAAUAGACCUCAAGUCAGUACUAUCUGAAGACUGAGUCAGAUAUGCUUUGCAUUGUUCAUCUGUGGAUUAUUGUUUUUUAAGGAGAAAAUCUAGGUCCCUUCUGUACUCAUAGAAGGCUCUUUGGCUGUGGAAUCAGCAUAGUUCUGUCAGAGAACCUGAGCUAUGUUCAUACAAUCUAUGCAGCUGGAUGCACUGAAGUAGCUGCUACAUAUUAUUAUUUAUAUAUACUACCAUACUGCUUAGGAGUUCCACACAUAGUGACAAGCCAUCUACAAACAGAGAACAAAAAGAUGGUCCCUGUACCAAAUUGCAUACAAUUACAGCAUUGCAGCUGCACAGACAACAAGGGAGGAUUCCUUUCUGUCUCCUUUCCUUUACAUUUAUGUAUAAAGACUUGCUUAUGUCCUCAGUUGGAUGCUGAAAUUUGGAUUUACCCCUAAAUGUACAGAAUUACUGCAUAUAUCAAUGGCUUUUAAAUGACUCAUUUGGGUCUUUGGCCCUACUUGCAGCUGCUUUGUUCCUGUCACCUAACAGUACAAAACACAACAGUGCCUAUAAGGGCAGCCAAGGAUUCCCUUGUUGAAACCUGCACUGCUCUAAACUGGAGCUGUCCAACUCCUGAGCAGCCAGGGGCUCUAUGCAAUGGGGGCCCCUCCAUCCUGUGAGCCCUCCAAAUCUCAUGGGCUGUGCCACCCCCAACUCCAAGGGGCAUGUUGCGGAAGCUGGAGGAGGGAGAGGGAGCUCAGAUACCCCAGUGACAGCAUCAGUCAGAGAGAUGUGGGGAGUGAUGGUUGGGCGUGAACCCGUGGGCUGCAAAUUAGACAGCCCUGGUCGAAAUUAUUUUUGUUGAAAUUAUAGUUCCUUAGGGCCAUUAUAGGUUGCUGGGAGUCACAGCAGCUCUCAGGCUACUUCAGCUAACAUUUGGUACUAGCUUUUGCUCUCAGCCAGCCCCUCCAUGGUUUCAGAGUUACAUAGAUUCAUAGAUUCAUAGAUGUUAGGGUCGGAAGGGACCUCAACAGAUCAUCGAGUCCGACCCCCUGCAUAAGCAGGAAAGAGUGCUGGGUCUAGAUGACCCCAGCUAGAUACUCAUCUAACCUCCUCUUGAAGACCCCCAGGGUAGGGGAGAGCACCACCUCCCUUGGGAGCCCGUUCCAGACCUUGGCCACUCGAACUGUGAAGAAGUUCUUCCUAAUGUCCAAUCUAAAUCUGCUCUCUGCUAGCUUGUGGCCAUUGUUUCUUGUAACCCCUGGGGGCGCCUUGGUGAAUAAAUCCUCACCAAUUCCCUUCUGUGCCCCCGUGAUGAACUUAUAGGCAGCCACAAGGUCGCCUCUCAACCUUCUCUUGUGGAGGCUGAAAAGGUCCAGUUUCUCUCGUCUCUCCUCGUAGGGCUCGGUCUGCAGGCCCUUGACCAUACGAGUUGCCCUUCUCUGGACCCUCUCCAGGUUAUCCGCAUCCUUCUUGAAGUGUGGCGCCCACAAUUGCACGCAGUACUCCAACUGCGGUCUGACCAGCGCCCGAUAGAGGGGAACUAUCACCUCCUUGGACCUAUUCGUCAUGCAUCUGCUGAUGCACGAUAAAGUGCCAUUGGCUUUUCUGAUGGCUUCGUCACACUGUCGGCUCAUGUUCAUCUUGGAGUCCACUAGGACUCCAAGAUCCCUUUCCACCUCUGUGCCACCCAGCAGGUCAUUCCCUAGGCUGUAGGUGUGCUGGACAUUUUUCCUCUGUAGGUGCAGCACUUUGCAUUUCUCCUUGUUGAACUGCAUCCUGUUGUUUUCUGCCCACUUGUCCAACCUAUCCAGGUCUGCCUGCAGCUGUUCCCUGCCCUCCAGUGUGACCACUUCUCCCCACAGCUUUGUGUCAUCUGCAAACUUGGACAGAGUACAUUUAACUCCCUCGUCCAAGUCACUGAUGAAGACAUUAAAGAGUAUCGGUCCAAGGACCGAGCCCUGCGGGACCCCACUGCCCACACCCUUCCAGGUCGAGACCAACCCAUCCACCACGACUCUCUGGGUGCGGCCCUCUAGCCAAUUCGCCACCCACCGGGCUGUGUAGUCAUCCACGUCACAGCCUCUUAACUUGUUCACCAGUAUGGGGUGGGAUACCGUAUCGAAGGCCUUCCUGAAGUCUAAGUAUACAACAUCCACCCCUCCUUCUGUGUCCAGACGUUUCGUAACCUGGUCAUAGAAGGAGACUAGAUUGGUCAGGCAUGAUCUGCCCGCCACAAACCUGUGCUGGUUUCCCCUCAGCAUAAUUUGUCCUGCUGGGCUCUCACAAAUGUGAGCCUUGAUAAUUUUUUCAAAGACUUUACCAAGGAUGGAGGUGAGACUGACUGGCCUAUAGUUGCCAGGGUCCUCCUUCCUCCCCUUUUUGAAAAUGGGGACCACGUUAGCCCUUUUCCAGUCCUCCGGGACUUGGCCCAUGCACCACGAGCGUUCGAAUAUUCCCACCAGUGGCUCUGCAAUGAUGUCGGCCAGUGCCUUCAGCACCCUUGGAUGGAGCUCAUCCGGGCCUGCCUACUUAAAGGCAUCCAGUUCUUCCAAGUGACUCUGCACCAUCUCAGGAUCUACAUGUGGAAGUCUGGCGCCUUGCUGCUGCCUCUCUACAACCCCAGUGAGAGACUUGUCGUGUCCCUCACUUAGGAACACUGAGGCAAAGAACUCGUUGAGGAGUUCAGCCUUGUCCCCCCUGUCUGUCACCAAUUGUUUCUGCCCAUUUGGCAGGGGUCCUAUUCCUCCCUGGGCCUUCCUUUUACUCCCUAUAUAUCUAAAAAACAAUUUCUUGUUGUCUUUUACUUGGGUUGCCAUCCUCUGCUCCAUGGUAGCUUUGGCCUGUCUAACUGCCUCCCUACAAGCACGAGCAGAGGAGGUAUAUUCAUCUUUCGUGAUCUCACCUUGUUUCCACUUUUUAUGUGCUCCCCUUUUGGCCCGUAGGCUGCCCUGGAUUUCUCUGGUCAGCCAGGGAAGCCUCCUGGCCCCUUUCCCUCUUUUGCCUCGCUCGGGGAUCGUCUUGCUUUGUGCCCGAAGGAUCGUUUCCUUAAGGUACAGCCACCCUUCUUGGGCUCCCAUCCCUUCAAAACUCCUACUCUGCAGUGCGUCCUUGACUAAUCGCCUGAGUUCAUUGAGAUCAGCUUUCCUAAAGUCUAGCACUUUCACCCUACUAGUUACCUUACCCACUCGACGUCUUAUGUUGAAUUCUAUUAUUAGGUGAUCACUGUCUCCCAAAUGGCUACCGAUCUGGAGGUCCCCUACCAUGUCAUCCCCUGUUGCCAAUACCAGAUCCAGUAUGGCAUUCCCCCUAGUGGGACCAUGUACCUCCUGUGUCAGGUGGAGGUCCUGUACACAGGUUAGAAACCUGUAUGAGUGGUGGGACUUUGCUGUCUGCGUCUCCCAGCAGAUGUCAGGUAGUUUAGGUCCCCCAUGACUACUGCCUCUUUAGCUUUUAUGGUCUCCGAGAGUUGCCUCAGGAGCCCCGCAUCUAUUUCUUCCCCUUGGUGUGGGGGUCUGUAGCAGACCCCUACCACCAAAUUCCUUUCUCCUUGCCCCCCAUGUAGCCUAACCCACAAUCCUUCUACUUCCUCAUCCUUGGAUUCUGUCUUGAUGAGGGUUGAUGUAUAUUGCUCACUGACAUAAAGUGCAACCCCCCCCCACCUUUCUUCCCCGACCUGUCCUUUCUGUACAGUCUAUAACCCUCAAUAUGUACCGCCCAGUCAUGGGAUGAAUCCCACCAGUUUUCUGUUAGCCCCACUAAGUCAUAGGUGUUUAGUGCAAGCAGGAGCGCUAGUUCAUCCUGCUUGUUCCCCAUGCUCCUAGCAUUAGUAUAUAGGCACUUGAGCCCUGUGACUGGUGCCUUUGCUGCCCACCCGCUCCGAGUCCCAAGGGGCCCAUUGUUUCUUACCUUCUUGUUUCUUACCUGUUCUGUAGUGCUGGCCUCCCCAUGGCUUUCAGGUUUCCAAUGCUCUCUUCCUUCAGGCUGGUCUGUCCUUGUGGGUGCCACAUGGUUUGGUGGUCCACAGCUUCCCCUGCCUUCGUACUCCCCUCCCCCCGACGAGCCUAGUUUUAAGCCCGCCGGAGGAGAUCCGCCAACUUAGAAGAAAACACACGCUUACCUUUGGGGGACAGGUGAAGCCCAUCCCAGCUGAGCAUGUCCCUCGUCGUGAUGUGCGGUUCAUUGUCCAGGAAGCCGAAGCCUGCCUCGAGACACCACUGCCGAAGCCGCCAGUUGGUCUCUCGGAUGCAGUUCUCAUGCCGUCUUCCUCAUCCGGUCACUGGUAGGAUGGAAGAGAAUACCACCUGUGCACCGAACUCUUUCAGCACGCCACCCAGAGCACUGUAGUCCGCCAUCAGGUAAUCGGGGGUUCUCCUGGUCGCAUCAUUAGUACCCACAUGGACUAGAUCCAUGGGGUAGUAAUCGGUGGGCUUGAUCCUGGCCUGGAUUACCUCCGUCACAUCCCGAAUCUUUGCUCCAGGGAGGCAGUAUACCUCUUGUGCUGAGGGGUCCUGGCGACAGAUGGGCCCUUCCGUACCUCUCAGGAUGGAGUCGCCUAUUACCUCAGAGUUUGUUCUGGCGGAGGAUUCAUUCUUUAAUUUAUUUCUCUAACAUAAGAUUUAAAGGUACAGGAUCAAUGAUUAAACCUAAGGAAGAUUUUUAGAUUCUCACUGUGACCUCAAUUCCACAGAAUAGUAAAUAUUCCUAUGCUUUUGGUAAAAUUCUUCCUGAAGCUUCUCUGAAUUAAAUUGGUAAAACUCAUAUUUUUUGCCAGAAAAAUGUCUUCAGAGAAAAGAAACAGGUCGUAGUGAUCUCAGCCAUUACAGAUGCUUGCCUGGCAAGAAUUUAGACUGUAAAUACUGAUUUAUUUUAUGUUUGUAUAUUUUUUUAAUUCAGUAAAUUGUUGUGAGCUGUUUCACAAGUAGCAUAUUAGCACCUUUUGAAAUUCAGCAGCUUCUGGGAAGAUGAAGGAAAAGCGUAGCUUCCAGGCUAAGUACAGAGAGUCAAAAUGCCUGAGGCUGAAUUGAUUCAAUCUUCUUAGGUUACUCUAAAUUGCACAGAUUGAGCCAAUAAGUAAGUGAACAGGCAUUCACUUCUGCUUCUGGAAAUGCAGCCACAUGCCUGCAGUGGACCAAGACAGAAGCUGGGGGGUGCUAGAGCAUGCCUCCCUGCUUGGAUGGAGCAGAGAGCUUGGGCCAAGGUUAGCUCACCUACCCUGUAAAGGGUGGGGAGGUUGGGGAGGUUUCAGGGGGUUGCAAAGCAUCCUGGGAUGUUGAGGGACUGAGUUAACUUGAAUUUGGAGGAAAUCUGGGACAGAAGUUCAAUGAAUUGAUGUAACCUAAAUUAGUUAAGUCUGCUCCAUCCAGGUUUAUAUUAAACCAGUUUUGGCCAUUUUGAAAGUGGUUUAUGUGCACUGAACUUCUGUUGUGUUACAUAUUUGAACUGGUUUCCAGUCACUUACACUGGUUUACGUGUAAUUUCUUUCCCUAGCCCCGGUGUCUGCAGCCCUUUAGCAGACCUACUAGAACUACAGGGAUGGUUUAAUCAGAACACUACCUAUGACCCUGAAAGUUUGUUGAACUUGAGAUGAUAUGAAUAUCAUUUAAUCAGAAAACGUGACAAGAUCUAGUCCUUAAUUCAUCCUAUACUGCAGGACAUUCAUUUUAUUUUGUAUCUUAUAUGGGCCUGCGUAUAAAAUGGGUAGGUGGGGGUUGUCUUCAAGCUAGAUGAAAAGGAAUUCUGGACAGGCUGCACUACAGACAAAGUUGAAUAGAAUUGCAUCAAACUGUGUAAGCCUUAAAAACAUUAACUAGGGCUCAGAAUGUAAGCACAGUGAAGCUGUGGUAAAAAGCUCACCUGUAGUACAUAAUCCUCUGUUGAACCACUGAAAAACAUUGCCCAAAGAUUCUUCAGCCUUUAGACAGAGAACCAGCUUGACUACAAAACAGACCCUUGCAGGUUUGUGGGUGGAUUCACUUAUUGUGGGUUUUGUUUCAAUACUAAAUCUGUUUUAUGGUAGAGAAUGUUGUGGCAAGGAAAAUUAUGAGUCAGUCCUGUUGCCAUUAAAGUCAGUAGUAAUUCUUGCCCAAGGUAUAAUGACUCAGGGGGCCAAAAUCAGCAGUGAACUCUCAGUGUAUAUACUUUUAACUCCAUUAAUAGAUAUGGCUUAUAUUUUAGGGAUGAAUAUAGCUACACAGUUCCCUUUCUUACAGACAAGUGGUUCUCCUACCAAAUGCUCAGAGUACAUAUUAUGUUCUAUAAAUGUUAUUCAGUCUUGUCAUGACAUGAUUCAGUAUAAAAAGAACACAUUUCAUUGCAUAGUUCCCAACAAACCUAAAAUCUAAUGCUAGUCUUAUGCUAAAUCUAAAUCUUUUGCUAAGAAAUGGGCAAAUUCACUUCUGUUUACACUCUUUGGGUGUGCCUACAUGUGCAUUUAAGCAUGACUAAAUUUAAUACGCGGUAAGUGAUUUUUGGCAGGUCUCUACAUGUGCAGGGACCUGGCACUAAAGUUAGUGCACGUGGCACUAAAGUUAGUGCCAAGUCCCUGCAGUCGUGCUAUGUGCCCUUAGUGGCUGGGCAGUCCUGGCACUAAGCUAGUGCUGGGUCACAUCUACAUGUGCAUUCAUGCGCUUUAACUAAUUACACUUAACUUUGGUACCUGCAUUUGCAGGUAUCAAAUUUAGGCAUGAUUAGCCUAAUUCUGCCAUUUUUAAUACACGUUAAGGGUACAUACAUGUAGAUGCAUGCCCAUAAUGCUCAUUAAAUUAGGCUAAUGUGUAUGAACUCGUCUCAUGUACACACGUCCUUUGUGAGUUAACUUUCCCCUUUAUGCACAGAGAUAAAUAUGAUAAUGGAGAUGGCUCCAUAUGAUUGA